UAAAAUCUAGUUGAACUGAUACAGGGGAUUACUUUCUUUUUUUUAAGAAAAUUUCUUAUUGGGUAAGACAUUUUCCGGAAAAUGGCACCUUCUUCUCCCAUUUCCCCUUCCCCUUCCCCUUCCCCUUCCCCUUCCGGUUGUUUGGUCAAAGGACCUUUUCCGGUUGCUCCUUCAUCCAUGUAAGGCUCAUUCUCCUUCUUCCGUUCUUCAUUUCUUUUCCUUCUUCCGUACUUCAUCUUCUCUUCCAGGUAAAAGUCCGUCUCAUAUCUUCUCUUCUCAACAUAUUCUGUUUCGUUUCCUCUCUUUCUCUGUUUCUGAGGCAAAACUACCAUGAAUUCUUCACUGGGUCUUAACUUAAGGCGAUGAUCGUUCUUUGAUUUCUAACAUUUUUAUUUUAAUGAAUUAUGCUGGUUGUCAUCAAAUUGAGAGAAAGUGUGUAGCCAAUGAAGAUUACAGAUUAUCUAUUGGGCUAUUCGCCUCCUAUUUGGGCAACUUUUGUUGCUGGAGUUUUUUCAAUCAUAACAAUUUCCCUUUCAUUGUUUCUUAUUUUCGAGCACCUUUCUUCAUACAAGAAUCCUGAGGAGCAAAAGUUCUUGAUCGGAGUUGUUCUUAUGGUUCCUUGCUAUUCUGUAGAAUCGUUUGUAUCAUUGGUGCAUCCAUCAGUUAGUGUUGAUUGUUCGAUACUACAUGAUUGCUAUGAAUCAUUUGCAGUAUUGCUUUGGAAGAUACCUUGUUGCUUGCUUGGUAAGCAAGGUACAGGAUGUUGUUGAACUUUGGCCUGCAAUGCAACAGGAAACCAGCAGCAAACCAGUAUGCAGACCAGCAUCCAAGCUGAACCAGAGAAGCAGCAACAUUUUGUUUAUUUUGUUCAUUUGUAACUAUAGUUGUUGAUUUAUGUUUGAUGUUACAGUUGGUAUGUCAGCUACAUUUUGUGUGUAAUUCUAGCUAAGCUUUAGUCAUGUAUUAGUGGGAGCAGUUAUACAUUAGGUAACUGUCAUAUUUUAUUGUAACAUAAAUGCUUCUCAAGUCAAUGAAAAAUAUCUGAUUUUUGGAGAUCAAA